AUGAAUGAGAGGAUGAAUCAGACGCUGAUCCCUCUGUUUGAUGAAGACACUGGUUUGCUCGUACUGGCCGGACUGGGAGACACGGUGAUUGAUUGCUUCGAAGUCUCUUCCUCUGAGCCGCUCCUCUCUCCAGUGAGCCACUGUCUCGUGGAUAACUCAACACGAGGCGCUGCCAUGGUUCCCAAACCGUCGUUGGAUGUGAUGUCCUGCGAAGUGAUGCGUGUGCUGCAGCUGACGAACAGCUGCAUUGUGCCAGUCAGCUAUCAAGUCCCUCGCAAGCAUUCAGGCCAGGAGUUUCAUGAUGAUCUUUUCCCAGACACGGUGGGUGCGACUCCUGCCAUGUCUGCAGAGGAGUGGUGGCAGGGAGGGAACAAGCAGGUGGAGAAAGUCAGCCUCCACCCAGACCGACAGCCCAAACCAAAGGCUUCAACGGCAAAACAGAUGCCUGCAAAGAAGGAGGCGGCCAGUGUGGGGAGCAAAGAGGAUCCGGCUCAUGGCUGCUCCACCUCCAGUAGUCCUCUGAGUACUCCAGGCAGCAGCGCAGACCCAUCCCGCUCUCCCUCCUCCACCUCCGGCCUCUCCUCAGGCUUCCUCCCCAGCCCCAGUCCCAGCCAGAGUGCCAAGGCCAUCCAGAGCAUGCUGGGGCCGACCUCCAAGUUCCGCCACAUCCAGGGUGCAGUGAUGCACAGGGACACGCACAUCACUAACAUACGCGGUCUCAAUCUGACCACGCCAGGCGAGUGUGACGGCUUUUGUGUAAACCGCCAACGUUUGGCAGUGCCCCUCGCCAUCUCUGGGGGCCAGAUCGCCAUAUUUGAGCGCUCUCAGCCUGGCAGGCAACCAGACACAGCUCUGCCCACCAUCCAGAACUCUGUGAAUGUGGCCGACUUCUCUUGGGACCCCUUUGACACACACAGGCUUGUUGUAGCUGGUGAUGAUGCUAAGAUCCGGGUGUGGCAGGUACCAGAGGGAGGACUGAAAGAGACCCUGACUGAGCCUGAGCUCAUCUUGCAAGGCCACACAGAGAAGAUUUACUCAAUCAAGUGUCACCCUCUGGCCAGUGGAGUCCUGGUGUCGUCAUCCUACGAUCUCACGGUCAGACUGUGGAACCUGGAGAGCGGAGACGAGGUCAAAAUCCUCACUGGACACCAGGAACAGGUUUUUAGUAUGGCGUGGAGCCCAGACGGGAAGCUCCUGGCCACAGUGUGUAAAGAUGGGAAAGUUCGUAUCUAUGAUCCGCGCAAGUCCACUUCACCUGUGCAGGAAGGCCCUGGUCCCGACGGCCCCCGGGGAGCUCGUAUACUGUGGGUGUGUGAGGGCAAGUACCUGCUGGUGUCAGGAUUUGACAGUCGCAGUGAGAGACAGCUCUGCCUGUACUCCGCUGACUCCCUGUCCUCCGGAACCAUAGCCAGGAUUCAAGUAGACAUCUCCCCCUCCACACUCAUCCCUUUCUAUGACCCCGACAACAGCGUGGUCAUCCUCACUGGAAAAGGUGAUACUCGAGUGCACGUUUAUGAGAUAGUCACUGAAGAGCCGUACUUUAUGGAAUGCAGCAGUUUUAUGUCUCCUGAGCCGUUGAAGGGCUUGGCCUUUCUCCCAAAGACAGAGUGCAGUGUGCGUGAGGUGGAGAUAGCUGUAGGUCUGAUGCUGACCAAGACAGCUGUAGAGCCUGUCGCCUUCAGAGUGCCACGGGUCAAGAAAGAGUUUUUCCAGGAUGAUGUGUUCCCUGACACGGCAGAAUGGUGGAAACCAGCCCUGACCGCCUCCGCCUGGCUGUCCGGCUCCAACGGCCAACACAAGAAGAUCAGCCUGAAGCCCAAAGACAUGACACCAGUGAGCGAAGCCCCCAAAGAGGCUCCGGUUAGGAAAUACAUGCCCUCGUCUUUUUACCUGGAGGAGAAGACAGAUGAACAGAAGAAAGACGAGCUGCUCAGUGCCAUGGUGGCCAAGUUGGGGAACAUGGACGAACCGUUGCCACAGGAGUCGUUCGAGGGAGUCGACGAAGACGAGUGGGAUGACUAAAGAGGGGCGUUGUCUCGCUUUGGCUCAAUCAUGGUGCCAACAAACAGCGUGGAGGGACCAGUCUUGUGCAACAGUGCCACCCAGAAUGCCUCAGUCUACCGCACAAAUAAAAAAUACUGCACAAUGUGAACAAAUCUUCAGCCAAGUCGACCAAUAACAAACCUCCUGAUAUGACCACUGUAUGCAUCACAAUAUCCGUUCAGGUUUAAAAAAAAAAUCAAAUGUCACGAUGUGUAGCUGAUGUUGAUCAUAUCAAACUUAAUGAAAUGUGAUAUGACAAUGACUAAUUAUUAUUAGAUAUUUUAAAAAAUCACUCUGGGAUGAAUUUGAUUUAUAAUAGCUUUCCAAUGUUUAUGUAAACUGCAAAAUUAUGUCACUCCGUUGUGAUAUUUAGGAGAAAAAAAGAAAUGUGUUGUACUGUUUCAUUAUGGAUCAGUGAAUAGAAAUCAUGUGUCAGAAAAGCUCAAACAUAUUUCUGGUCAGUGCAAGGUAACUUCCUAGCAAUAAUACUUCUGCUUUAUGCUACACUAGUAAACUCUCAGUAAAUGAAAACCAUAGACUGUAAAUAAAGAUGGACGACGUGUUUCAACUUCUUUCAUGAUAAACAAAUGAAACCAAAAUAUCGCACAUAUUAACACCCCCAUCUUCUGCAGCAUUUGCUUAAUGGCUAUAGGAGGUUGGGAUCAGGACCUAUACUUCAUCCGGCCACCGGGUGGCGAUCAAGACAUUUUGGCUUCAUGUCGUCCAUUUUCAUAUACAGACUAUGGACUACGAUCAAUGAUAUUAAAAUAAUUGAUGAGUAUUUUAUUCUUGCUCCUGUUUAUGUCUGUGUUAAGUAGCCAUGUUUUAAGCAUGAUAACACAUUCUGAGUCUGAUUUAAAUAACAAUGGCGCCCUCUUGUGUCAGGACACCUCCGCAUGUAUCGUUGUGUACAACCUCGUAAACUUUGUGGACAUUUGCCUCCACGGUGGACCACUCGCCUGCUUUUUCUAGUCACAAUGUGUCUAUAAACAAAUGUAUGUUGCUAAUAAAAUGAGUUAGGAAAUAAUAUGUGAGCAUCACAAAACACCUUGUCUUCCUGUUCAGUCAGGUAACACACACACACACACACACAGACACACUAUUACUGUAACACAUUCAAGCCUUCAACAGCAAAAACCACACAGGGAAUACAACAGGGUCACCAGUGCUCAUGUUUGACCAUGAACUGGAAUUUCUACAUUCACAUUCACUUCUCCUUGUUAGACAAUGUUACUAAAUAUGUGAUGCUGUAUUUGUGCCAGUUAGAUUUGAAUGUUUAGUCUUAUGUAUAAGUAAGGGUUAAGGGUCAACAAAAAAAUGUAAUGUUGUUAUGCAUCGAAGCCAAACCACCUCCUUUUUUUUUUUUACAGAUGAUUCUUCUUUUUCUCUCUCCUUUGCUGGAUGGUGGCGUUUUUAAUCAAUCUUUGGAAUUCUGUUUUAUUUUUCAGACUGUUCGGGGGGGAGAUCCUCUCAAAAUUCUUAUCUUAGGCGUAUGUAAUCAUGGUGUUAAUUAGACAAUGACAGUACAGUAUUGGUAACAUACAGCCAUAACAGCUAUCGUGUUAUUUCUAAUCAGGGCUACAGCAAUGUCGUCAAUAAUCCAGGCGGAGUUUGACGCGUAACCCGACCAGUUCAGCCAUGCAUGAUCGUGCACAUCAUGUUGUACACAUGAACUGCAGGUGUUGUCAGUGCUUGUGCCGCGUAAACUGUGUGUGCUUGUGAUAUUUGGGUUGGAUUGACUUGCCUUCUAUUGUGUUUCAAAAGAUCUUCCUUUUUAUACAGUGAGUGAAGGUGUGUUGUUUUUUUUGUAUCACUUGAUUAAAGGUUGGUGGAUUUUUUUUUCCAAUAUUGUCUUUCAAUAAACACUUUUUGCAAUCAU